ACCGGUGUAUACGGCCGGUGCUUGUGCUUGUAGUUGUACUUAGUGCGAGAUCAUUUUAGCUGAGCUAGCUUCGCAGACGACAAAUCAGGAUAAAAUUACACCGUCCGAGCCUGGCCCAGGGAAAGAGAUUUAUUCGACUUGCGUAUCUUUAUUCUAUUUGAUGAAUCAGGAUGCUUGCUUUACGAAAAUGGUUUUAUAAACCCAAGAAAAAUGACAGUCAGCUACUAGCCCAGUUUUAUUAUGCUGAUGAAGAGCUGAAUAGUGUAUCUCAUGAGCUUGAUAGCUUUGAUGGGAGGCAAGAUCCAGACCGGUGUACUGUACUUGUUAACCAACUCAGGAUAUGUCAAGAUAAAGUUCUUGGUAUCAUUGAGCAGUUGAUGAAUGAGGCCAUCGCUGAGGGUAGAGCCAGCCGUGACUUCAGGGCUAAGUUUCCUGAUGAUGUGCUUCAGGAUAGCCUGGCUGGCCAGCUUUGGUUUGGAGCCGAGUGCUUGGCUGCAGGAUCUACCAUCAUGAACAGGGAGAUAGAGAGUGCAGCUCUGCGGCCCUUGGCUCGGUGCUUGACCAGAAGUCUGGACUGCUUGAGGGCUGUGCUGAGAGAUCAGAGCUAUAAAAAUCUCAACUCUUACCCACAGAAAGUGAAAGAGGCUUUGAAGAAGUUUGACCAUGUAUUUGCUGAGUUUGAGCUGAGUUAUGUGAGUGCCAUGGUUCCUGUGAAGUCGGCCCUGGAGUAUGAUACUAUGCAGGAUGUCAUUGUACUUUUCUGUGAGACUAUUAACAGAGCUCUGUCUAAGAAGUUAUUCACCCAAGAUCAGAUAGAUGAUUAUGAUCCUGGAUUGAUGUUUACUAUACCAAGGCUUGCCAUUGUCAGUGGGUUGGUGACGUUCUCUGAUGGUCCCCUCAACAUGGCCAAGCCUGCUUCACAGAUCUCAGAACUCUUCAGACCCUUCCAGAAUCUUCUUAUCAAAAUCAGUGAGCUGCUACAAACUCUUUCAGAGGAGGAGCUUCACCUUCUAGAGAGGGGGCUGUGUAGCUCCAAGGAAUCAUGGGAAGACAUCGAGCGAGAACUAGACCAGCUUUCAUUCCGUGACCGACCCGUACACACUACAGACAGUCACUACCACGACGAGGCUGCAUGUAGACUAUCACCUUGCAGUAGCUGUGUGACAGACUGUGAUACCAUGUGUAGUAGCAUGCUUUCACUCACGCCAGAAGAUGGAAGAGUUAUGAGUGUGCGAAGAAAGGCCAGCGAUUCCAGUCACCGAUGUUCCAUGGAGGAUGCGAUGGACAUUCCAGGGGCAGUCAAUACUGAGAGCUCAGGAGAGUUCAGGGCUGUCCGCAUCAGGAAGUGUUCGCGAAAUUCACUGGGGGUGACGUCGCCGAGGAUGAGUCCCGAUUCUUUGGAUGGUUUUGCCGGGGGUGAGUCCCGUGAAUGCAUGAAGUGUAGGAGGAAUUCAAGUCAGCCAAGUGAUGGAGGGUUAGAGGACAGUGGGCAGUUUCAUGAUGCCUGUCUUGCAUCACGUAGCGUUGAUUCGUCUCCAAGAAUGUCCAAAAGAACUUCAAGACAUUGCAGGAUGUCUCGCGAAAGAGCCGCAUCGGACAAUACCUCCAUCUCCCCCAACAGGAGAGAAGGGUUGUCUGAGAGUAAUCCUAGAGUGUUGAAGCGAGAAGAUAGUGGUCUUGGCUCAGCACCUAAUGGAGAUUUGAUGGAGUUAUACCUGCAAGAACUGCAGACUUCUUACCCUUUGAGUGACAUUGCAACACCUUCAGCCAGUCCUAUCCAUGGAUCAGUAGCCAAUUCUAAAGAAGAACUCAGCGAUAUCAGUGAGAAUAACAUGCUCAUUGUUGAGAUGCAACACAGUGAGCUCAUUGUUCCCAUCUCCAAAGAGAACAACCCCCUUAAAAGUGCCCAUCAAAGCAAUUCUUCCAGGAUAGCCAUGGACUUCAACACCAGUUUCCCCAUGUUUGGAAAGGGUAAACCCAGCACUGAGCUCAAUACGACAGGAAUUGUCGGAAACUCCACCCAAAGGAUAUCCGGCGAGCCAGUGGAACCAACAUCCCAAAUCCCAGCGGUUGUGAGUCGUCACAGCGAUUCAAGCAUAUCCAUUGACCCCAUGGUGCAGAUCCCUACUGACCCUAGCAUCCAGACGCAUGUGACUGUCAGACCUUCUCGUAGCGAACCUUCAUUCAGACUGCCGCUUUUUGGAACACAUCCUCAGACACCCCACUCUCAUUCCGGAGACACUCUUCCCAGUGCCCUGAACCGUGUCACCGGUAGUAGAGGCAUAGUUCGCCCUCCGGUGACGUCUGGAUCAGAUGGGGAAGACUCCAGUGAUCUGUCUUCUUCACCUUCCUCUUCCUCUUCAUGCUGUUCAUCCUGUUGUUCCUCUGGACAUGCUUUUGAUGAUGGAGACAGGGAUACAGACUACAAAUGGGAAUCUGAUGAUAGUAGUGACACAAAUUCGCUGAUAUCUGAGACCAAUGAUGAGCAGGAGAUCAAAAUGGCAAUUCAAGCAGCAGAAUUGGCUGCGAGGCAGAAGGUCAGGUCCCAGUUCAGGAGUUCAAGUGAUCUAGUCCAUAGACUCUUUGUCUGCAUUGCAGGUGUUGCUGAUCAGCUGCAGACCAACUUUGCCAGUGACCUUCGUAGCAUCCUCAAGACAGUCUUUGAAGUGAGUGCCUGCAACCCCCUCGCUACAGAAGAUUCUGUCUUUACAUCUCCAACGUCGUCAACCUCAACUGCUAACCCUGACGAACAGUUUGCUUCUCCCCCGACCUCAGCAAGCAACUCGGUGGUAUCAAUGAGGCCAGACAGAGCGGGGAGCAGCAGUGGAAGUCAUCGAUCAGUCCGGACUGCAGAAGGCAGCAGACAGGGUCCAGGAUCAGAGGGUCGCGAGAGGCACAGGCAUAGGAGUAACUCCUCCCACAGGAGUAGGAGGUCAAAUUAUGAUGACCCUCCGCUCUGGAUGCCUGAUGAGACCAGUGAUGAGUGCCUAGCCUGUAGAUCUUCCUUUACGGUGCUACGGAGGAAACACCACUGCAGGAAUUGCGGUCAGAUAUUUUGUGCUAGAUGUUCAGCCAAUUCUGUUCCCCUUCCCCGCUUCGGUCAGACCAAGCCAGUUAGAGUGUGUAAUAGAUGCUACAUGUACCAGGUGACUCCAUUUCAACAUUGACCCUAGUCAGUGAAAGAGUUAGUCACCAGCGUUACAUGCGCACCCAUUUCAACACUGCCUCUAGUCACUCGAGCUAGUCAGAGUUAGGCUGAUGUUACAUGCAAGUCCAAGUCAGAAUGGAUCAUAGUCAACUAAGCUUAGUCAUCGUUGCCGAUACUGGAUGUGACUCCAUUUCAACGUCGACCAUAGUUAGUCAAGCCAGACAGAAUUCAGCUGACGCUUCACAGUCAACACUGAUCAUAGUCAACCAAAGUUUGCCAAAGGAUGAACUAUGUUACAUUUGACUUCAUUACAUAAUUACCAGAGGUGAUGGGAAUAGGGAGUACAUGUAUGUCAACAUUGCUUCUUGUAACUCUACUCUUGUGGUCAUAUUCAACAUUGACUAGUCAGCCAAAGGUAGAUAUUGUUGCAGAUCCUGGAUACAAAUUUAUGUCGUACAUAACUAUCAAAGUCAGGAUUGUUGAAAAUGAUGACUAUUGUAAGACUUUCCUCUUUGUCAUUGACGAUAACCAUUUGCUGCCAUUUUGAUAAACCAUUCCUGGAGAAAUGCUGUUUAUCGGUCAACAUCACAGAGUGCUCUUGGAAAGUGGAUGUUUAAGAGUGCAUCCUGGAUACCCUGGUUUUAAUUGAGGAUUCACUAAGCUGUCAUAGAUUACGUACAGUCUAUACCAACAUCUGGAAGAGUGAAGUACUUUCAGAAGACAAAGGAAGUUACCCAUGGUAUCCCAUUGUGGAUUGGAAAGUACAGUGUCACAGAAUGCUCAGCUCGGUUCUGAAAGAUUUUGAAUCGCCAAGAGCUUUUGCUUAUGCUCACCAGCGAGAUGACACGUUUGGAGGUUUCCCGAUGUCUAGUAGCCAUUUUUUUCCCAGGUCACACUAUGGACAGUUUCAGUUACACAUUGCAUUCUUUUUUAUGGUAUGACCAAUGCCCUAUUGACCACUGAUAUGACUGCAUUGGUGAUUUUGAUUUAUUGAACUUGAUUGAAAUUUGAUCUUGUAAAGGAAGGAUUCUCUGCUUCUUGGCAGCCCUUUGCGGAUUGUGAAUCUCUUCCUAAAUCAAGUAUAGAUAGAAAGAGAUGGGAAAGUACUGUGAAUCCAGCAAAAAUUGCUCCUAUGGAACUCACCAUGAUCCAUAUUCUGAUAGAAAAUGGACAUCAUAGAAAUGAGAGCAAUUGCCCCAGGAGCAACUGAUGGGUUACCAGAAGUAGAAGAUGUUUGCAAUACCAAGUCAACUUGAUAUAUGUCUCCACUGUUGAUUGGUUUAUCACAGUCAUUCUAAAGACAUACUGCUAAUCAUUAUGUACAUCAUCCAAAUAUUGAAGUGCAAUGUAUUUUACUUAUUUGUACACAGAAAAUGUAUAUAUUUGACAAUCUAUAUGUGGCGAAAAUACCCUCUCGAAAAAGGCGUUGAGGCUGAUACAUAACCGACUUUAAUUCUAGAUAUUUUAUCAUUGUAAGUAAUGUGCGUAAUGUAUGUUCUAUGGGAGUGUGAAUGAGGUGGGGUGAUAGUUAUUCAUUCAUUACUCAGUGCCCAUAUUGAACUUCAUAUUUCCAUCUUACUAUUAUGAUCCAAUAUUCUGCAACUCCCUGUCUCUGUAAGAUAUUUUCCCACUUUGUACUUAAAACAGUUUUUUAUACAUGUACAUAGUUGUGGAUCCUUCAAAUCUUGAGUCAAAUUUGCCAAAAGAAAAAGAUUGCUAGAGGAAACAAUGCCACAAGAAAAUAGUGUAUUUUAUGGAUAGAUGAUAUUUUUCAGUGACUAGAUGAGAUUAGAUUAGAUCAUUUAGAGAAAAGGGCCUUGACUGCUGUAUUAUAAAAUUGGACCAAAUACUUAACAUAAGGAUAUAUUGUUUGGUAUUGUUAGUGCAUGGAUUAAUCUAAUCUUAAUAGAGUACAUUUUAGUAGCUUACUCAGCAGGUUCUGAUUAAUUAAUUCCUGCAGUGAAAAAUUCAACCCCCUCCCCUUAAAUUGAUUUUGCGAUCCAUUUAGAAUAACAGAAAGUAUGUGUACGAAAGAAUUUCAAUAAAUUAUUGGAUUCAUAACCAUCUGUUGCCAUUGAUAUUGAUUAUAGGAGAUGAAAGCUAGCCUUCCGUAAAAGGGUGAACUAAAAUGCUUGUUCAGUAUUAAACAUGGGUAAACUGAAGAGAUUAGCACAUGUUUCCUUUUUUACCACCUUUAAUCUAGUGGAAGUGAUAAGUGUAACAUUGUAGUUUGAUCAAUACAUGUACUUGUAUGCUGAUGCCUUAUCAAAUUGACCUGACCUGAUAUUUAUACAGUGUGCAAGUAAAAUUUAUUGAAUAAAAAUCUUUGACAAUUACAGAUAUCUCAAAGAAAUACAUGAAAGACUUUAUCAUUUAGUUUACGUGUGUAUAUUAUUGUGAAAAAUACAAUUAAGAUCCAUGGUAUUUUUUGUUUUUGAAAGUAUAGUCAUGGAUAAACCACGUACAUGUAUAGUUAAAAAACUAAUCAAGAAGCUAAAGCUCGGUUGACACUUGCACCCAUAGUUUGCGCAUUUAUGUGAUGAUACUCCACUCUUUGGGUUUUUUUUUUACUAUUAUUAAUUCCCUCCCCCACCAUCCAUUUUCAUUGAAUAUACAUCGUCAUUUGUCGUAUUUGUUUAUGCUCCUUUCAUGUUGAUAAUACACCUUGCUUCAUUAUGUAUAAAAGAAACACACAUUUCCAUUUUGAAGUGUGCUACACACUGCAUUUGCUGAAUUAGUUUUGGUCAUUGACUUCCAGGAUGCUAGCUUAGGUUUACUUCUUUGCAUUUUAAUGCCAAACAUAGUUUCUAGUGUAUUAAUUUAUCUUUUAAACCUUUUCUCUUUUUUCUGUGCUGAUGUUAUGCUGAAGGGUAACUACCAUUAGAUAUUUGAAAUAUUUUUAUUUGAAGCCUCCUGUCUUUUUUUUUACUAGACUAUUACUAGUAUGAGUGUUAAAAAGCUAGCUGAAUAUUUUUUUUUCAUUUACAUAUACACCUUGUAUUCAGAUGUUUUCUUUUUUCUAAAUGUUUGUUGGUUAUAAAUAUUCUUUAGUGCUAAAAGUGAUAAAUAAGAUGGAAUGGAAAAAAAAUAUGGAGGUUAGGGGUGAUUCACCCCCACCCCCCCAAAAAAAAAUACACACCGCUAUAUGCAUGUUUCAGUAGCCCUCAUCUGUUUCAUAAAAAAUGAAAUUUUAGGUUAAAUAGUAAACAUGAUUAGAAUCAAUAGGAGUAGAAAUAACAGCCCUUAAGAAAAAAUCUAACUUUUCUUCCAUUAUGAUCACAAUUUGAAGAGAAAGUGUAAUAGAUAUUCGGAAUGGUGGAAUUUUUUCUCAGUUUGUAUUCAACUUAUUAAGUUUUCCUUUGGAAGUCAGGAGGAAUUAGAAUUUAAAUAUUUGUUCUGUAGAACCUUUUCAAUUUGUCUCAUAACUGCCAUGAAAAUAAAAAGAAUAU